AUGCGCACUCGCGAGCAAAACGCAAAGUGGAUCGAGUCAGUACUGGACAGCCUACCACCGUGUGGUGUCGCGUGUGUCGUCUCGAGAGAAUUAUCCGACGAUCGAUCCAUUCGACGCGCGAAAUUUCCCGACGAAACGAAAAACGAACAACCGAACGGUGAAACGAUCACAUUUUGUUACAAAUAUCGGAUUACCCUUUCUCGCGAGGCAUGCUCGCGAUCAGGCUACGUUCGCUACGCGUUCUUCGCGGCACACGUAACCCAGUAAGCAGAUGAUCGUUCUCGGUGGAUGGGCGGAAGGUCAACUCCCACUUUGCGUCUUCGUGGAUCUUUCAUCCAUGUAAGAUCUCGUGAGGCAGGGAACUUGAGAAGGACGCAAUGUCAGCCGCAGUGAGGGAGAGAACAACAACGCACACCAGCAGAAAGAUAGUGAGUCAUGCUAGUCCUAUAUCGGGCCAGACGACCACGGCCAACAGCCUCGAAAACAACUUAGACGCUCUUCUCGAGGACUUGCAAACGAGUGUCUCGAGAAGUGCCACCCCGAGCCGAGGCGGCAGGCCACUUUCGCCUCAAGUAGAGUAUCGCGUAGCUGCAAAUCCCACCAAGGUGCUUUCCGAAGGCAGAGCCAUCUCACCCGCUAGAACCAUGACCACCACCACUGAAAAAUAUGUAAGCACUGGGCCGAGCGGUGCUCCGAGUGGUAUACCUGAUUUGAACUUCAUCGAUUCAGAAUUGCAAAAUGUACAGCCUGGCCAAAGCAAAACGAUCGCUUAUAAACAGGUGUCGUAUCAAUAUAACAAAAGUCUGGAUGGAAAACCAAUUGAUUCGUGGGUAGCGGACAACGCAUUAACCAACGCCAAUUCGGCUUUGAUCGAUGAUAUCCGAGAAAGGAGUUACGAAGAAAGCACAAUCCCCCGUGGCUUAGAACCGGUCAGCAAAUCAGUCAACAGAGAACUAGUGUAUAACGAUAGUUGUGUAUCUCGUUCGAAGCAAACUUCGCCUUUACCAGCAGGUACUCAGAGGGAUGUGAAAUAUAUUCAUGAAUCUUCCAGCUACCAAACAGAACCAGCGGUAACGACGACGGUGCACGCGAGUGCCGCGCACUCCAACCAAGAAUAUGGAAACGUCGAGUACGUACCGGUGCCAUCGCCAACAGCAGCGAUACCGAUCAAUCUGGCACCGGGUCCCAACACCAAAGUAACCACAACCAUUAAAACGUACACUUACGAGCUACCAGGACCGCCUGAAACCUAUUUACCAGGUGGCAACGCGCCAGGCACUGUUGUGCUGCCAGGUGAUCAAACUAUCACGUACACGAUACCGAAAGGAACUAGCUCCACGGACAAAACCAUCGCUUAUCAAACCGUGACCGAGAACGUUCCAUCUAGAACACCGGCCAGAUACAGCAGUCCCCCGCCUCCUGUAACAGACGUGACAAAGAAAUCUACCACGAUUCAUCAAGAGUCAAAGUUCUAUCACGAAGAACACCAUGAUAGUCCGGCCAACGUGCAACCAACCACCACGGUCUAUCAUCCUGGUUCACCGCUCUUGCCAAAUAAAACGACGAUCACGCGAAAUGAAAAAUACUAUCAGGUGGAUGGAGGUUAUCCAAACGGGCAUACGGCUGGCGAUCGACCACCGGAUCAUCCGGCAACCACGGUGAUCUAUCAGAACCAACCACCGACUAUAAACGAGACUCGCGCAACGAUAAAUCGGAUCGAGGAACAUUAUCCUAGUCGACCACCGUCCGGUGGACGACAUCCGACGCCCGACAAACAACCGGCAACACCGGUUAAUUAUUAUACGUCACCGGCACAGUCCACCUCCCCGCCGCAGUCUUCCACAACGAUAUACAAAUUUUCAAACACCACCACGUCGAUACCUCCAAACAAGAAUCCCGAGGACCACGAAGUUUUGUUACCUAAACCGUUCCCGACCGAGGCUGUUCAGCUUUAUCCGUCGACCAAGCCGGCUAACAACAACGUGCAAACUCCGCCAAAGAAGUUGGAGGAUCUCAUGGCAUCGUUUUCUGACACAGAGCGCGAGGUUCUAGAAGACAUUGAAAAAAGGGAAAAGGAACGACAGAAGGAGUCGCCAACGGUGAAAAAGGAGGUUGACUUUGCACCCCAUACACCGCCCAAAGUAAAAAGUAAAAAUGUUGCUGGUCCUCCGGUUUAUUAUCCUCCCGGAGCGGCAGAAUUCACCAAAAAAGAAGAGGCUAGUGCAGCCAUGUCACAGUCUGGCGGUGGAGGAUGGCAAAAGGCUAAGGCGAAAUACGAAUACGAAGCGUCUGCUAAAAGUAAAUCGAAAUCGAGUAGCGGCAAAGCUGUUGUUCCUGUUUGUUUGCCACUUUGUUGCGCCUUGCCAUGUGUAAUUAUGUAAAUUAUAUCGAUAUUAAUAUUAAUAUCAAUAUCAGUAUCGGCAUCGAUAUCAAUAUCAAUAUCAAUAUCAAUAUCAAUAUCAAUAUCAAUAUUAAUACGUAUUAAUCUUGAUUAAGCGACUUAUUAGUCAUGUUUUAAACGAUCGCGCGUCAGAAUCGAUCAGUGUUCCGCCACUUGCGCCACUUGCACCAUUUGCGUAGAAUAAAAUUUAGAGAACAAAUUUAACGUAAGAAACAGUAAACGAUUUUAAAAAGCUACAAAAUGAAGCUACGAAAUGAUUACGAAAUAAAAUGCAAGCAAAUAUUUUUCUGCUUCUUUGUUUGUCAUAUAUACGACGUGUAUAUAUAUAUAUAUAUAUAUAUAUAUAUAUAUAUAACGAUAAAUAAAUAUACGAUUAAAACUUGAUAUAAUUUGAAUUCAAAGUAGCAAUCGUAAUUACGACGGAUCAAAUAUCGUCGUACCGUGAUUGUAAGCUUUCUUAGUUACGCAUAAUCAUACCGACGAAUUAUCUACCGAGAUUUUAAAUCUCGCUACAUAUUCUUCCCUUAAUCUCCGCUUCUACUUUCUCUGUGUAAUAAUUUUUUCCGAUCAAACGUUAAAGCUACGACAUCUCAUUCAAAUUUCUUCCUUUUCGUUCUUUUUCAUUUCUACGAUACCUAACGUUUAAAUUGCUUUAAUACGCAUUAUUACUUCGAUUUUAUAGAGAACGGUGAAUUCUCAUCCUGCUGUAUACAGAAUUAGUCACAAACGCAUGUUCGUACUUCAGCGAUUGAUCUACGCAUUAAAAUAUAAUAUAUAAAAAAUAUAAAAAUAUAAAAAACGUCUUACGUACCUCAGUUUCGGCGUCGAUGAAUGAUCAAAGAUAAUAUUCAAAGCGCGUAUCCCGACUCUCGAUACUGCCUCGUCGACACACGCUCUACUCCACCACUUGACAGACCGUUCUUCAGACCGUUUCUUCUCGCGGAUUCUAUGCAUCGUUCACUCGCGUUCCAUAUACGAUAGACUUUAGAUGGUCCCGCAAGAAUACAUAAUUUAGAUCGUCAUGGACGAUAAGGAUGUUCUCACUGUUCAAAGUUUCCUUUAAUCGUCCACAACCCGAAAACGAAGGUACGUACGGCACACACGUGUUUAUAGGACGUUCUUUACUUAUUCUAGUACGUAGAACCACCCUUUGAAGUACGAACAUGCAUUUAUAAUUCACCCUGUGUAUUACACUGGGUUCUCUUUAGCGUAACAUCAUCCGCUGUAUUCGUCAGAAUAAAAACCUUAUGUGUUUUUCUUUUUUCUUCUUCUUCUUCUUCUUCUUUUUUUUUCUUUUCUUCGUUCCUUAUUACAAAAAUACUCUUUUAUACUCUCCUUACAAAUUUUACGUUUCGUCAUAUGCGGUACAUUAUAUUUAUGUAUAGAAAUAUAUCAUUAUAUAAACUACGUAUUUUGCACUUUUAUUAAAAAUUUUAUAAAAUUCGAAAUAGUUUCUUUUAAUAAUUCUUUUCUCAGGAAUCGAAGAUACUCGAUCGAACAUUAAGAUAGAAAGACGUUUUGCAGAUAUAUUCGUUAGUAUAUAUCCUUUUAUAUCGUUGUAUUAUUAAAGCAAUAUUUUACGAUUGUCUUUUCACUUUUAUUACUAUCUAUUACGAUGAACAGUUACAUAUUUAUGCGCUUACAGAAUAUUGUCUGUAUAUGGAUUUAACAAUAUGGAUGAAAAUAUGGAUGAAAAUAUGGAUGAAAAUAUGGAUGAAAAUAUGAAUGAAAAUAUGAAUGAAAAUAUGGAUGAAAAUAUGAAUUUAAAUGUAACAAAUUUCAAAAGGAAUUUAGAUAAAGUUGUUAAGACAAAUAAGAUAUAAGACGAUACAUUUUUUUUCGUAGUUUAAUAUAAUCUUAAAGUAAAUAAAUAUAAGUGAAAGUCGUAACUAUAUCGUUCUUUUAUCGUGUUUAAAAAAUUCUUGUAAUAGAAUAAUACCGUGAAUUAUGGUGCUAUAAUAAUUUUAGUAAACAAAUACAUGUAAAUGUUAUGCGCUCUCGUUAAAUUUUGAGUUUGUGUAUUGUUAGAAUACAUGGUUACAGAUAUGUUUAAUAUGUUACGAAUAUGUAAAAAUUGUGCCAUGAGACGAUAUAUAGAUGUAAAAUGUGUGUUAAUAGUAGCUUCUAUUUCAAUAAAAUGUCUACUCCAGCUA